AUGCAAAGAAAGUACCUGGUAGUCGUCCCUCACUCUCCUCCUGUGCUACAUGCAGCUCCACCAGGAUCUCAAGAUUUGCUCAGCCAGGUGGAAUCCUUCUAUGAGCAGCACUGCAUUCUGCACAAGGGACAUUUUGGACCACAUAUGGACAGAGCUCACCUGAACCCAUUUCUGGCCAAGUAUAACUGGUUGGAGGUGAUCAAGGAUGAGUCGCCUUCUGAUAUUGUGGACUGGGCAAAGAUGCCUGAGAGAGAUGAAGCCAUGCUCACUCUCUACCUCAGCUCUGAUGGGCAAGACUUCCAGUCUUCUGCUGGAUAUGAAAAACAUCUGUUCAAUGGGCUGCAUGGGCCAUGGGACUUGGAUGACUUCUCUGACAUCCUUAUUGCUCAUACUGGUAGACCAGUCUCUGAGGGUGGACUGGGUCAUCCCAUGGGCCUGGCUGAUAUUUGGCACCUUCUCAUUGGCGUCAUGCACAAGCACUGCAAACAUCUUGUAGCUGAUCUUGACUUAGAACACUACUUUGAUGAGCAGAGUGGGCACCAGGGGGAGGUUGCAAGGGGAUAUGUGGUUGACCACUCCUAUGUCCAGUCUGUCUCAAGCAAUCACCUGCAAAAGUUUGUGGCUCUUAGCCAUGCUCAUCAUGCCCUUCUCUUCCCUCCAGCAACCCCAAUCAUUCCCGCAUCUCCUUCUUGUAUUUCAUCCUCUGUUAACACGCAGCCAGUUGACUUUGACUCUCCUGCUCCUGCCACCUCCCUGCAAGGCCACUUUCCACAGGAAAAGCCACUUCCUAUUGAUGUUGAUGUUCAUAUGCUAUCGGAAUUAGCUAUUGUGCUUCUGCAAUCUGCCCUAAUGCCCUUGGUGGUCACAGCAAUAUUGGAUGCUUUUGCAGCAUAUACCUUUCGUCAAACCUCUCAGCCAGUUCAGGAGCUCUGUCCAGGUCCCCCUCCCAUCAACCCUCUGCACUUUCAGGAACUUUGGUGCCUCAUGGGUCAUAAUGCUUCCUUUAAAUCCAUAGAGCAGGCCUGUGCUUUGGAGGCUGUCAGCACCAGGCUCAAGGACCUGAUCAGGAAGGGAAAGACCCUUCUUUAUAUGAUGCCAGUGGUCAGUAUCGUGGAGAAAAGCCUUGCAUCAGUUGUGAUUGUUCCUCUCAAGGCCUUAUUGGAUGAGCUUCGCACUUGCUUUGAGGAGAAAGGCCUGCUCACCUUGACCUGGAGCCCCAAAAUAAAGACUUAUGAUGCCAGGACCAUCUUUGUUUCUGUGGAGCAGCUAGAAUGUCCAUUGUUUUUUGAUUAUAUCCAAGAAUGUGUUCAGAAGGGUGCUCUCUCCCACAUCAUCAUAGAUGAAUCUCAUUGUGCCUUAACCUCCAAGCACUAUAGACCAUGUCUGCUGCUUAUGCCCCACCUGCGCCAACUCCCCCUACAAAUUGUUGCAUGCACAGCAACACUGCCUCCCACCACCAUCCCCUAA